ACCACUGAAAUUGUCUCACAGUUGUGGGACUAUCUUCCUCUUCACAGAAUUCUGUUCUGAGUGUUUUUAUUCCCAUUAAAUUCUGGAUAGAAAUUGAAGCUUGAUAUUUCUUCUUGUUUUUAAGUAAUGUUACUUUCCUGAAAAGUUGGCUCAAAAAUCCUCUUCCAAGUUUGCCGUAAAUUGGAAGUCCUGCAGCACUGGUUGUAUCACCAAUAAGUGGAGUCUUAACAUCUUUUAGUAAAAGUAGUGUGUCCGGUAAAACUGUUGCAGUUUGUUGUGUGUCAAACUAACGUGUUACAAACUGCUGCUAAUGGGGGUAUUGUUGGGACAGAAAGAUUCUUGAAGAACUGCAUUGUCUCUUCAUUCACUUAUUUUAGAGUGUGUACUUCUUUAAAAUAUAUUGCUUGUAGUUCAACUGUAACUCUUUUAAAUCUGACCAAAAAAGCUUUUAUGGUAUUUUACUUUUCUUCCUGCUCCAACACAUAACAUUAGAAGAAAUCCAGCUGGUGAAGCAUAAUGAAAUAGAUGAACUAUUGUAUUUGUUGGCUUUUAUGAAUAAGCUAGUAUUCAUUUACUGCUGCAUUCUAAUCAUGGAAUUCAGGUAAUGGAGGUUAAGUAAGCCCUGGAGUAUAAUUAGAAAACAAAUUUGUUGCUUGCAAACAGAGUACUGUGAAUUGGAUUCUUGGCUCUUAUUUGAGAAGGAGGUUUAAAUGUUAAUUUUAUUACCUUCUAGCUUAAAAUACAGCAAAGGUUAAAUAAAUAUGGAGCAGAAAAAAUCUAGUAGUGUGACCUAUAAAAGUAUAAAUGGCCUAGUGUUCUCCUCUGUUUGCACUUUUUCAGCAGCACUAAGUAAUUUCAUACUAGUCUGGUAGCGUUUUGUACUGUAUAUAUGUAUUUAUACUGUAUAUAUGGCUCCUGUGUUCGGUACAGUCAUAUCAAAUAUGUUCAAAAAAAAAAAAAGGAAAAAAAGAAAACCCACACUCACAAAAAAAAAAGAAAAACCAAAAACUACUGAACGGCAAGAUUGCCUUUUUCAGAAGUCCCACUAGAUGCCAGCAAAGGACCUUUCCAGAUCAUGAGACAGUGAAACGUUUGUAGGAACUCUCAGUCCUGUUAUUCUUUCAAGAGGUGACAGUGUAUUAGUUCCUUUAUAUGCUGUUCAUUUUGAUCAUUUUACUGAAAAAUAAAAACUUAGUAGUUAGCUAUGAAUGUAUGAGACAGCUUCUAUGUAAUUAUGCAGAAUAGCUUUCUUCUGUAAUUGUGCUCAGUAACCAUAUUUAUCACAGUGCAUAAUCUCUCAGUGUUCCGUAGGUUACGUAGCUAGGCAUAUAUUUGCAUGCCAUAUCAGACUGUAAUGAAUGUCCACUUAUUCUGGGCUUACAGCAAACAAGAUGGUAGUUUGCUUUGCACUGUAAGAAUGUUUUGUUUCUUUCUACCUUCAACAGCUGUAAUUUGGAAAGGUUAAAAUACAUUAUUUAACAUGGCAAGCUGGAAGUAAGUGUUGAAUUAUUAAUCAGAGUAUCUUGUUGUGCUUCAAAUUUCGAUGCAUCUCACUAAAAAAUAUUAACUAGUUAGUAAGAGAGCUUUUCCCUAUGCAGAAAUCUUUGAAAAGUGUGAUUGGUUAAACAGAAUGUGGAUUGUUAGGUAAUGCCAGGUUUCUUUCAAGUUUUGUUUAAAUAGCGUAGAAAAACUUUUUUCAGGAGAAGGGUUAUUUCACUGGUUUAUGCAUAAGUCAGACCUCAGCAGUUUGCUAGCAUGGCUACUAUUUGGAAAUUCAAUCCUAGACUUGAUACUCAAUUAUAUGGGAUUUCAUUCCUACCAACUUCCUGUAAUUCUAAACCUAUGGGUAAAAAUAUUAGUAGUCAUACGCUGCUGGGGAAAGUACGGACACAUUGACUCAGCUAGUGCAGCUGCAGCAGAAGCUGCUGUUUUAAACUUGGAAGUACUGGGAGUUUAUUAUUAUAUUCAUACAUGCAAAUUACAGAAGGUAUAAUUGAAACAAGGUUGAUAGUGUUUGUCAGUACGCUGCAGCUGAGGUCGUUGGAAUGUAAGUGCUUUAUAAAUGAAUGCUUUCUGACUGCGAGCAAUCAAAGACGGUCCAGAAACUGCACUUCAACAAAUGGCUGACUGAUUUCAAGAGCUUCAGGUCCUGUGCAGCUGCUUGUAGACUUUCUGCUGAAGGAUCUUUGUGGUUUUCGUUUGCUAAUAUGCAUGGAAAUGAGAACAAAUGGCACGACGGUUAAGAUUGCAUUUUGCAACCCAAAGAAGAAACACAGAUCUGUUCUCCGAAACCUCUGAAGAUGUUUUGGAUACUAACAAUCAAACGUACUUCAAAAAGGCACAGAAUUCUGAACCUAAUGUUACACAAAUGAAGCUGGCUUCCAGACAAGUUGCUCGUGCACCUGUAAUGCAGCAAGUAAUUAAUCAAGAGGGAAACGCAACCAUUUCUUCACUGCAAAAAAAAAAGAGCACCUCACUGCACAUUUCUCUACAGUCUAGAAAGUGUAAUGGAUGUUUUCGGCCUGGUGAUGCUGCAGCUACUGGCGAAGACGCUUCAUUCAUCAGUAUUUGUAAUGAGGGAAAUUGUGGUAUUAGAACUGUGUUUGAUCAUCAAGCUAACGAUAGCCAUCUGAGCAAUACUGCUGUGUGCGUUGGCAGUCUUAACAGUAUUGCAGCCAGUGACAAUGGGUCCUUCAGCAGUGCUGGCAGUGACUAUGGAUCAUGUGCAAGUACCACGAGUGAUGGAGGUUCGUAUAGUAACAGCGUCAUCAGUGACAGCGGUAGUGGCACUCUUUCGACAAGUGAUGGUUCUUUCUGUUGUAACGUUGUACACGGUGAUUCUUCGUAUGGAAACACUGCUAGCAAGUAUAAUCCGUACAGAAGCAAUUCGUCUCAGGAAGAAAUAGAAGUGUGUGGAAUUAAUACUGCUUUUGACCAAGAUGCUUUGUCAGUGAGGAAGAAAACUAAAGUUCCCCUGCGGCGGUGUUCAUCGUUGGUAAUUUUCCCCAGAAGUCCUUCCAGUACUCCUCCAGCUUCUCCUGUAACCUCAGGUCAGAUGCCGCAUAGAGGUGCCUAUCAAACAUCACAUAAACUAAUUAUUACUCCUAGUGAGCUGGCACAUAAGGAAGAUCAGACUGUUUCCAAGGGAUUCCUCUCAACAGCAGUCAAUGGACUUCGACUGUCUAAAACAGUUGGUGCUUCUGGUGAAGCCAGGGGCAUUAGACCGCUUUACUUGCAUACAUCAUUACAGGACAAAAGUCAAAUUUUGAACGGUUCUGAGCAGGCAACUCGUGAGGAAAUAGCUGACAGCUUCUCAUGUAUUUCAGUUCAUGUGACUCCAAGAGUAUUUGCAUCAAGCAGUGAAAUGGUUAAUGGCUGUUGCAGUCAAGAGUUAAAUCUGAACUCCAGUGCAAAAUACCCUCCUUUAAAGCUGGCACGCAGCACAUCUGCAUGUUUACCCUCAAAAAUAGAUUCAGAAUUCCAGAUGAAUAUAAAUGAACUGGAAAGACCGAAUGCACAGAUGAGCAAAGCCCACCAUGUUCUGCAAAGGAGCGUUUCAUUGGAAGGAUCACGCCAAAAGGUUUCUUGCUGUUUAUCCAGUCUUAAAUACAAGUGUCACAAUGCAAGGACGUCUCAGUUGCACAUACAGUUCAAACCUGGGAACGAAGGAAAAACAAGUGGUGUUAAGAAAAGAUGUGGAACCUCUAAAAGGGAAAUAUCUAGCACUUCUUUGUGGAGGCCCCAUAAGACUCGAGAUGAUUUUCUUGGGCAAGUGGAUAUUCCUCUUUAUCAGUUACCGACAGAAAAUCCAAGCAUGGAGAGACCAUAUACCUUUAGGGAUUUUGUUCUUCAUCCAAGAAGCCAUAAAUCAAGAGUUAAAGGCCACCUUAGAUUAAAGAUGACUUACUUACCUAAAAGCAAUGGAUCUGAAGAAGAAACCACAGAACAGGCCGAGGAAUUGGAGCCUGGGUGGAUUUUAUUGGACCAACCGGAUGCUUCUAACCAGCCACAACAGCAGCAGCAGGAAUCUCCUCCACUGCCUUCAGGCUGGGAAGAAAGACAAGACAUCCUUGGCAGGACCUACUAUGUCAAUCAUGAAUUCAGAAGAACACAGUGGAAAAGACCAACUGCUCAGGACAAUGUAGCUGUAGCAGAUAUUGGUAACAUGCAGUUGGAGGCCCAGCAUGUGUUCACUCAUCGGCGGCAGAUAUCAGAAGAUACAGAAAAUCUGGACAGCAGAGAUUCUCCUGAGAGCUGGGAAAUCAUAACUGAAGAUGAGGCAACAUUGUAUAGCAAUGAGAACCCUCAAAUACCUCUACCACAGAAUAAUUGUGAUAUACAGACUCAUCUUGCAGAAGAGCUGAAUACCAGACUUACUACCUCUGGAAGUUCAGCUACUGGCCAGUCAGCAGCCUACACUAACCAUUCCAGCAGAAGAGGUAGUCUGCAAACAUACAGAGUUGAAGAGCAGCCUGCGCAUCCAGUGUUACUGCCUACUUCAUCUGGAUUACCGCCAGGCUGGGAAGAAAGACAAGAUGAAAAAGGGAGAUCAUAUUACAUAGAUCACAAUUCCAGAACUACUACUUGGAUAAAACCAGUUGUACAGAUUGCUAUGGAAGCAAGUCAGUUGCCAGCUGCACAAAAUACUUCUAUAGCAAGACAAACACAAGCAACAUCAGGUGAUUCAUCACAACAGUCAUCUAAUCAGCAGCCUGAAAUGGAGCAAGGAUUUCUCCCUAAAGGCUGGGAAGUUCGACAUGCACCUAAUGGGAGACCAUUCUUUAUUGACCACAAUACCAAAACUACAACAUGGGAAGAUCCAAGACUGAAAAUUCCUGCUCAUCUGAGAAGAAAGACUUCCCUAGAUCCAGUAGAUCUAGGACCAUUACCACCAGGGUGGGAAGAGAGAACCCACACAGAUGGAAGAAUAUUCUUCAUAAACCACAAUACCAAGAAAACACAAUGGGAGGAUCCUCGACUGCAGAACGUGGCAAUAACUGGACCAGCCGUGCCUUACUCCAGGGACUAUAAGCGGAAGUAUGAGUUCUUCAGAAAGAAACUGAAGAAACAGAGUGAUAUUCCAAACAGAUUUGAAAUGAAAAUUCAUCGCACAACAAUCCUUGAAGAUUCUUACAGAAGAAUUAUAGCUGUGAAGAGAGCAGAUUUCCUUAAAGCAAGACUUUGGAUUGAAUUUGAUGGUGAAAAAGGUUUAGACUAUGGAGGAGUGGCCAGGGAAUGGUUCUUCCUUCUCUCUAAGGAGAUGUUUAAUCCUUACUAUGGAUUGUUUGAAUAUUCAGCUACAGAUAACUAUACUCUGCAGAUCAACCCAAACUCUGGACUGUGCAAUGAAGAUCAUCUCUCUUAUUUCAAGUUUAUAGGUCGAGUAGCUGGAAUGGCUGUUUACCAUGGCAAACUUUUGGACGCAUUUUUUAUUCGUCCUUUCUACAAGAUGAUGCUCCAAAAGCCGAUAACACUUCAUGAUAUGGAGUCUGUGGAUAGUGAAUAUUACAAUUCUUUGAGAUGGAUUCUUGAAAAUGAUCCAGCGGAACUGGACCUCAGAUUUAUAGUUGAUGAAGAACUUUUUGGACAGACCCAUCAACACGAACUGAAAAGUGGGGGAUCAGAAAUAGUUGUCACCAACAAGAACAAGAGAGACUACAUUCAUCUUGUAAUUCAGUGGAGAUUUGUGAGCAGAGUACAGAAACAAAUGGCAGCCUUUAAAGAGGGCUUUUUUGAACUAAUACCUCAGGAUCUGAUUAAAAUUUUUGAUGAAAACGAGCUGGAGUUACUGAUGUGUGGACUGGGAGAUGUGGAUGUAGCUGAUUGGAAACUACAUACAAAAUACAAAAAUGGCUACAGUGUAAAUCAUCAAGUAAUACAGUGGUUUUGGAAGGCAGUCUUAAUGAUGGACUCUGAAAAGAGAAUAAGAUUACUACAAUUUGUUACUGGCACAUCACGUGUACCUAUGAAUGGGUUUGCUGAGCUUUAUGGUUCAAAUGGACCACAGUUGUUUACGGUUGAACAGUGGGGUACCCCUGAAAAACUGCCAAGAGCUCAUACCUGCUUUAAUCGCUUGGAUUUGCCCCCGUAUGAUUCAUUUGAAGAUUUAUGGGAUAAACUUCAUCUAGCGAUUGAAAAUACUCAGGGCUUUGAUGGGGUUGAUUAAGCCACAGACAUAAAUUGUAACAGUCCAGUGCUGCAACUUCAUUUCAAGGGUUUACAGGUUUGAAUUUUCCAGGGACUACCAUUGUACUUAGUCACAUGAGUAUUCAAUCUUCAUAGUAUCACUUGUAAAAUAAGUAUUAAAAAUUCACUAACUUUUGAAAAUGUAUUUUGCCACUUCCACAGUUUUGUACACUUUGAUAAUUACUACCAUAUAUACAUUGGAUGGGCCAGUGCCAAGUAAGUCAAAAGCUAAAACGUUUUUAAACAGUUGCUUCUUACAGUAUUUGACAGACUGUCCUGCAGUAAACUACUGAAGUAAAACUGUGAAGAAAUCUUUGCAGAGGAUGUAAAUUUGAAUUGCUGCUUUGAGAGAGACGACUGAAAUUGUUAGUGAGUUAAAAAUAUGUACUUCAUGUAAUGCAAUAUCACCUGUGCUGCUUCAGGCUAUUUGCUACAGAUCUGCCCAAAGCACCUUAUAAUUCAGCAUAUUAGGUAAAACAUUGGAGAACAUUUGUUUGCAUUAUCAUCUAUCAGUUUGCAGAACGUUGACUUGCUUACAGGUUUUUUUGUUUUAUAAUUUCUGUUUCUAACUCGCUUUUGUUAAGACUGUAACAAAGUUGGGACUUUUUAUAAGACACAAGCAGCAUAAUUCUGAAUAGUAAUGAGAAAUUAUAUCUUUUUUUGUCUGAAUUUGUAUACUGUUGUUGGUUUAUUGAGUGUUCACUUUUUUUGAUAAACUUGUCGUUCAACAAUGGAUAAUGUUUUCAAUUCAGCCUUUUUGCAACAAUUUAAUCUUAAAGCAAAAUUUGUAUGAGUAUCACAGAGUAUUAGUUACUGGUAGUUAGAGGCCUUUAUUAUCCAUUCUUGCAGUAUUGCACUACAUAACAAUAAAGAACAUGUUUACAGGGUUUUCUGGGCCAAGUUCAGCGGUCUGAUGUGUGCAAACCUCUCAGAAGUAUGUGGGAGUUUUGCACAUGCAACCAGGGGCAGAAUUUGGUUCUUUAAUAUGUUUACAGGUUAUGCUAAUUUCUAUAGCUGCAUUUUUAUAUUUUUUCUCCACUGUUAGUCUAGAAACCAAAUUUGUUAAUACAGUAUAACCAAAGUCAUAACCAACAAUGUGCAAUUUAUUGUAGAUCAACCUGUCAUAUAAAUAUUAGUUUGAUUUCUUUUGUAAAUGUGGGUAUUAUUUUGUAUUGAUAUUAAUGCUUUUUUCUUUGUUUGAGCAAGUGCUGGUUAAAAUGAUUAGUCAACAACUUGAUUCUAAAAGAAAAAAAUUGGUUUAUAUACCCAGCUUGCUGUAAUUUGAACAUUUUGUUACCAAUGUGAUCGGAGGAAAUGACAGCGUCUAGCUUUGGCUAGCAAAUUUCUGUUUAGUCAGUCUUCACAAAUAUGCAAGAAGGUAUUGUAGCACAUCUCUCUAUGAAGAUAUGUAAAUUAUGUAACUUGUAAUGGGUCUUAAGGGAUAUUUAAAAUCCCAGUUUGUUUUAUUCUUUGACUAGGUUGCUAGAGCUGAGAAUACUACAUGUAAAUAAAGGUAAUUUAUACAGAUUUCCCAAAUCUAUAUGCAGUUUUGUAAAACACGAAUGAUAUAUCAGUAAAUCUGUAUAGAUUUGAAUGUAGCAGUAUUUGUUGCAUACUUUAAAGUAUAAAAUAAGCAUCGUGAAAGCAGUAAAUAAAAGUUUAUUCUGAUAAGUUGUGACUCAGUUAUUUGAAGUGCAAGCUGGUAAUCUUGAAAUAGUAAGAAUUCGUUGAAUUUACUACUGUUAAGUACACUGUGAGCAAUAGUUCCACCAUAAUACAGUAGUGCAUUUAUAUAGCUGUUGAAGUACAGAAAUACUGUUUUUCAGACAUGCUGUCUUUAAAAAAUGUUUUCAUAAAAGGAUAACUGUGGAUAACUACAAGCCUUCAUUGUAUUGUCAGCCCAGAAACACUGCACAGCAGAGAGGCAAGGGUCCCACAGAAACUCCAGCUGACUGUCAAGCUCAGUUCAACCUAUGGGAGCACCCUUCUCAGCUGGUCACAGGCAUGCAGCUGACAGACAUCAGUGGUGAGUGCAGCAGGGGAAAUAAAAGAGCCCUGAAAUUCUGCUCCCAGACAGCAUGGAUUGCACAGCAGUGGUGGGGAUGUUCUACAGAGGUUGGUCCCCAGUGCCAGCUCUGGGAAACACCCUGGUGCAUGGGAGGGGGCUUGUUGGGAAGGAUGCUGCUGCUAGAGAAUGCCUGGUGUCUCUCCCAGGAGCUGAGGACUUGCUCGCCUUACCUGUGGGAGCUGUGCUGUGAGCACAGUGCUGUGCUGCCCAGUUCAGGAGCUACUGGAGAAGGGAGCAGACUUGUAGCAUCAGGGAAGAUGAACAGCAUAACAUAACCAGGAUUUUUGUGGAGACCUUGUGGUGGAGGCAAGUAAUCAAACCACUCAGUGAUCAUAAGAAAGGGAAGCUGAGUGUCAUAGAUGGGCAGCUGCUGGAUGGAGAUUCCCAGUGUGGACAAAGCUGGUGACUUCAGACAGUAGAAGAAAGGCUUCUUCACCAGCCUUAAGUAUGAAACUUCAGAAUUGUUUUGAUGCUGUUGGAGACAAAGGAACAAGGUACAUUACGGGAGGGUUCAGAGCCAGUUUAAAGCUGGGGCUUUAAACUAGGUUUGUUGAGGGAUGGCAAUAAGAGACUGUCAAUGAGUGUGAGAACAGGGGUCAAUGGUGCUAAGUACUGGGGCAGGGUGAUAGGAGAUAGUCCUUGUGGAAGUCACCCAAGGAUGAAGAGGGUUCACCUCACGUGCCUGAACACAAGUGCAAGCAGCCAGGAAAAGACCAGGAGGAGCGAGAACUCUGUGUGCAGACACAAAAUACAAUGAAGGUGUGAUGGGAUGGUACAUGUGGUUGCAGCUGCUUGGAUGGAGGGAGCCCUUUGGAAGGGAGUUGGCAGGCUGAUACAGAGCUUUGUGAUGUAGGGCAUAAGAGACACCACAGCAGGUAGCAUCCCACUGGGGAGUUGAAUUAAGUUAGCCAAUUGUCGUGAAGAAGUGGGUAGAGUUGUCUUGAAGCAUCUCAAGGAACUCCAAGGUUGCAAAUCAUGGUUAUUACAGGAGACUUUAAGCUCUCUGAGCAAUGCCAAAAGACCAGUGCAAGGAAUCUAGGAGGUUUCAGAAGGGAAUGAGAAACAACUGAACCGGUGCUGGACUGGCCAACCAGGUUGAUACUCUCCUGGAUCUGCUGCAUGUCACUUUUUACUUGUAUUUUCCCUCCUCCCUGUUCCCAGAAAUACACUCAGACUGGGAGGAAGGGGCUAACUCCAAAGAUCCAACUGAGGUUAUUUAGCAAAGUGUUUCACCAGAAACACUGUUACUAAGUAUGGUUCUGUGGGCCAGCUGCUGACCCCUUAUCAUAGUUACACAGAUUACACUUGAUAAACACACUUGAAGCAGUUCACCUCCCUAACAAUUUCAUUACUCUUGACACCCAACAGUACCAGAUGACAGUAAAUCAGGAAAAAUUUCCCAGGUAGGUAUGAGGUAAAUGUACUGAUUGGUUGAUAAAAGAGUGUGUUGUAUUGAUAUUUACGAAGAGUUCUUGUUUAAAUUUGGUUAAGAAGUGUAGAUUUAAACAAGAUGCCAACUGCAGAGUGGAGGCUGGAGCAAGGGUGAGGAUGCCCAUAACAGAAAUACUUUAAUGUUGUUUUAAACACUGGACUGAAAACUGAUAGAUGUUUUUAGUGUUUGUUUUCUCUGCUGCUCCAGGGCUGAGAGCUGUAAGUGUACGAGUUCAUUGCCAUUGAUCAUGGCCUCUGCAAGCAAUUAUUGAUUCACGAGAAUCUAAUAGAAUCUGAAAAAUACAAGAAUCUGGCCUGUAUGUAACCUUUUCUUGUUUGAUGAGGCUGUGACCCCUGGCUGGUGCCUUCCUCAGCAGUUGUUAUCUCAUCUGUUUGACUUUGGUUUUCAGCAAUGCAAAGAGCCCGAGGAUUGGCCAGGUUACUCUGAGGCCUGGAACUCCUGCUCCCUCUGAGCUGAAGCUGCUGAGCACCCUGAGCGGUGCCGCUCGAGGUCACGAGAUGGCGCCUCCCGCUCCCAGGCUGCACGCGGGCAUGCAGCAUGAUUCCUGUCUUUGCCUGAAUGUAUUUAGUCUAAAUAAGGGAAAGUGUGUUUGAGCUGAUUCUAACUCAAAGCCAGCUUAGAGCACUGUGAACGAGGCUUUCUUACAUUGUCAUCCAAUAAUUUAAGUAUUUUGGUCUUUCUCUAAAAUUGUCCUUCUCUACAGUUUCCCAUUUACUCUAAGGACUGUCACGUGUAAAUGCCUUGUGGUGUUGUGUUACAGAAAUGAGACCUUAGCUAUGGAUAAGAAACAUCUAACAGCAACUUAAAAUUUGGAGAGAGACCCGUGUGUUUUUUUCCCUUCAAAAUUAACUUCCCUCAGCUGACAGUUUUUUAGGCUGGGUUUUAGUUAUCUCGAAUCUUUCGUUUUUCGUUAAGUGGUGUAGCUGAUUCCUCAGUGUUCUUCCUGUGCGGUGAGGCACAGCUGUGGGUUAUUAGGGGGUUAAACAAUAAUUUCUUCUAAGUGCAACUGAGGCUUCACUAGUGCUGCUUGAAGGAGACAUGACGUAAAGGAUCUUUAAUACUAUUAGUAAGUCACGACUGUAAUACAGUAAACUUUUUUCCUAGAGAAGGGGUCGAGUGUAAUAAUUUUCCCUCUUUAUUUUAUUUUUUCCCUCUCUAACCUCAUUGUUUCAUACAUAAACUUACUUUGCAAACUACCUGCUGCUUUGGUGUUUGAUUUUUCCUGUAAAUCCAUACCAUAGUUUUCACACCGUUUCAAUAAUUGACUGUGUUCGCAAAAGUCUGCGCAUUUCCCAUUGAAAUCCGCAGACUCUCUGGCACACCUUCAAAAUGAAACGUGACCUGGAUCGGCGCAGUUUCCUUUUUCCUUUUGUUCUUUUUUUCAGUGUGACUUAAAUGUUACUUAGCAAAUACAUGAUACUCUUACCAAGUCCCCAGAGUGGAAAUUACAUCAUUACAAUGAGAACAUACUAAAACACGUAUGAAAUAUUUAGAACUGAAGAUGUCUGCUUUUAAGUAAUGUUUCCAUUUUACUUAUUCCUUGUGUGGUCAAAAAUAGCAUAGAUUGUUAAAGCAGAAGAUUCAUCUCUUUUGUAUGUCAUUGCUCAGAAUGUCUGUUUAUUUGUGUUUUCCUUUCUGUUUCUUGUUAAUUAGUUGGUUGUGGCGCUUGGAUUCUUCACGUAGGUCAUAAAUCAUUAUCGAAUGAUUUUCUUUGUAUGAGAUUCUGCUGGGAGGGGGCAGUUUAUUUUCAUAUCUCUCCUUUUUAAUGAACUGUUUGUUUCAAGGAACCAGCACUCCUUUCUUAGGAUGUGAACCAAGAGGAGCUCACAUAUUUAUCUGCAGUGAGACCACCACUAGCAACAAAAACGUCUACAUGUUCAAAAGGCAAACAGCACCUACCAUCUUUGUUGUUGUAAAGGAAGAUCAAGCAUCUAACUAGCUGCUGCAUUGCUCUACACAGCUCACAAAAUCAGCAUGUGAGAAGCAAGCACAAGCUUUGGGAAAGGCUUUUAUAAUCUACUUAAGAAAUUAAAAGUUUUCAUUAAUUGCCAAAUCCUGAUAUAGUUAUCUGAGCAGGACGCUUCACUGACUUCAAAGGGAUUUUUGUCUGCUUAAGGAAUGCAGGGUCAGGCCCUUAACUAGUGAUAACUUUCUUCAGUGGGUUGUCAGAUAUGACGAACUAUGCCACUUCAAUGGAGGUUACCCUUGCCGUGCCAUGCCAUCCCUUUGUCCUGAAAACCAGCUUUCUUCACUUGCUCAGAAUUGGACCAAAAAGAAUGCAUCAGGAAACUGCACGUUCAUAUGUUGAAUUUCAGUCCAGUAAUUACAAGCAUCCCCUUGUGUGAACAGUGUAAGCAGUCAUAUAUAUCCUGUACUGAAGACUCACUGAUUAAUUAUUUCACAGUAAUUGUUUCCUGAUUGCAAACAUAGAGAGGAAAAAAAGACAAACGAUUUGCAUGUUUCCUGUUGUAACAGCGGAGUGAAGGUAACUUAUACGGGGAUGAAAAGAGACCAUAUUUCAUGCCUGUUGCAAAACAAAUAGCUGCAGAACAGUGGGUUGUCAUGCUAAGCGAAAAAGACGCUGACAAAAAGCUGCCUCUGUCUCAAAGGUUUGAGAGAUUCCUUUGUAGAUUCAAACACAGAAAGUGGUAACCUAGGAGAUAUUCUCUUUCUGUCCAUUUAUUCUCAGCCUGUAACUUAUGUUGUUGACCCUGUGUAUUAAUGUUUUGAUUUAUAGAAGAUAACGUCAUAGUACAGUACUUCAGUAUUUUCAGGAUUUUGACUUUGUAUUUGUUGGAGAAAUUGUUGAGGGUGGGGACUGUUCGGAGCCAGUUAAAAAUGUAUGCAUUACAAAUGCAGCGUAUGGGGCAGCUCUCCACCUGCUGACUGUUUCUGUUCUUCCCUGCAAUGUUCAUGUAUGUAUAAACCCCUAUUGAAGUUAUUCCAUAUAUUUCAGUGCACCAACUCUAUAGCUGCUGCCCUGUGCUAGUGCUACCUUCAGUAGCAUGGUGCAAUCUUUCCUGAUUGUACGUUCAUUUUAUGCUAUGAGCGGGAGGAAAACCAGGAGGAAUCAAGUCCUCCCAGGGAAAAAAAGGAAGAGGUUUCUGGUAGGUCGGGUGUCUGGAGGAGCUCACUGCAGGCAGGGCAGCACUGGCUCUGGCGUAGAGCUGGGAAGAGGGAGCAUGGAGCUGUGGGACACCUAAAUCCCACAGUUAGAGCUCUGCACUGUGUGUAAGGGGAAGAGUGCACCUGGCAUCGGGUAUGCUCUUAGGUGCGUACCCUGCCUAUGCAGCUGUGGCUGCUUGGUGUGUUACAAGCAUCAAUAAGAGGUCCUCUUCUCCUGCCCAAACUCAUGGCAGAGCCCAUCUUUGCUCGUGGUGUGACAGGGAACCAUGAAGCAACAUGGCUAAGGCACACCCCUUGAUUUGGGCCAGCAGAUCAGUAUUGGAAAAGGUGGCUGGAAGAAAAAAAAAAAAAAAGGACUAGUGUAGCAAAUAAUUGGAUUUCUUCCACUUUGGUGUUUGUUGGUUUAAAACCAUAUGAGAUCUGUGUUAAAAUCCCUCAUCACACAGAUGAGGUGUGCUUUUUCCUGUACAGGAAGGCUCCCUGGAGAGAAAGUUCAUUAGCAUCCCAAGGGCUCAGCCCAAGGUAUGUUUGCCCAUCUGCUCUGGGAAGGAGUGAAUCUCCUUUGAGAAGACAGCUGAGAUGGUAACUGUACGCGGGUUCGGAAUGAAGCAAGAAACCACUAAGUGACCAAAUGUGCCGAGAGCAAACAUUUGUAUGGUUUCUGAACUGAAAUGAAGGCUGAGCUGAACUGCUCAGUGCAAAACUGACCAUGGUAAUAGUGGACUUUUAUCUGGUUCAAACUGCAAGCAAUGUAAAUGGUUUAAAACCACAAAAAAAAAAAAAAAAAAAACAA